UCAGUAUGAUGAUGGAGGUUGAGGACACGCCCAGGGAUGAGAAACUUGCCAAAGUAGAGAUCGCGCUGCUCAGUGUUAUCUUCGUAAGCGCCUCUAUCCUGAACACCGGGCUAUUACUGGUUCUGUGGAAGCGGCGCAAACAGGUCUCCAGGAUGCGUGUCUUCGUGUUCCAUCUGUGCAUCGCAGACCUGGUGGUUGCGUUUUUCCAGGUUUGCCCGCAGCUCAUGUGGGAAAUUACUGACAGGUUCAUUGGACCAGACCUGGUGUGCCGCUUGGUGAAGUAUCUGCAGGUAGUGGGCAUGUUUGCGUCCACCUACAUGAUUGUGGUGAUGACCAUUGACCGCUACCAGGCUAUAUGCAACCCCAUGGUCAAGUUUCAGAGGAGGCACGCGCGCUGGAACAUCCCAGUGUGCGUCGCCUGGACGAUCUCCCUCGUGGGCGCCCUGCCUCAGAUGUUCAUCUUCUCGAGGGUCCAGGUGGCGCCCGGGGUGUUCGACUGCUGGGCGGACUUCAUCCAGCCCUGGGGCCUGAAGACCUACAUCACUUGGACCACGCUGGUCAUCUUUAUCUUACCCAUUUUGACUGUGGUGGUGUGCCAGGUGCAAAUAUGUCGAGCCAUCCAGGUCAACCUUUAUCUAAAGACGCAUCAGGAGGGGGGCAGCGGGGUGGCCUUUCGACUGCCCUCCAGAACCAGCAGCGUGACCGGGGUGUCCAAAGCACGAAUCAAGACCGUGAAGAUGACGGUGGUUAUUGUGUUCGUCUAUAUCAUCUGCUGGACUCCGUUCUUCAUGGUCCAGCUUUGGUCUGUUUGGGACAUUGACGCGCCGACAGAAACGACAACGUUCACCAUCCUGAUGCUGUUGGCGAGUCUGAACAGCUGCACAAACCCCUGCAUCUACCUGCUCUUCAGCGGCCAGCUGCCCAAGAAGCUGGAAACGGUGCUGUGCCGGAGUCCGUCCGAAGUGAAAGACUCCAUUAAUGAUGAGGCCGCGGUGGUCAGCUCGCUCUACGUGAGCUUCAAAAGCAUGUCCGACUCCAAAUAGAACGCACGGUUUUCAAAUCCCCACGGUGUGUUGGGAAGCAAGUGACUAGAGGCACGCACAGUCAAUAAGGUAACCAACGGCGAGUCAAGGGCAGUUCUGAUGACGGGCCAUUUACUCCCUCGAUAUCAUGGUCAAGAUGUAUCAAGUGAUAUUUCGGGGACAUUAAAGUACUCACUAUAAUGGAGCCAGAAAUAGGUAGGAUAAUUGUAAGCGUACCGUAGGGUAUUUGCGCAAAUACGCGCCAAAUCCUGGGGGGUAAACCGCCGCUAAUGGAUAAAGGCAGGCGGUUGGUGCUGUAGGCUGGUGCUGGGCGUCACAGGGAGCUAAAUCACGGUUGUAAAACAUCUGUCAGACAACAUAGUAAUGAGAGACAUUGUGACAAGGUGUGGUCAACAUGUCGGUGGAGUCCAGAAAAUAGAUUCGUUUGGUACCUUAUGUGAAUAAUUUUCCAAAUCUAACAAAAUCCAUGUUAACACCUGCAAAUUGUUUGACAAAAUAUUGUAUAGCAGGCAUAUAGAAUUAAUUUACUGCCUGUUAUUAUUGUUAUAUUUCAUAAAUACAUUGUAAACGAUCAAACUUUCAUCAUCAACAUUGGAGAAGAUGUUUAGUGCUUUUAUGAAUUUGUAUUUAUUUAUUUAACUAGGCAAGUCAGGCCAGUCAGAGACAUGGUGAAAUAAUCCUUUACAAAAUAGAAGCUGUGUGUUCACAGAGACAGUUCAAGUUGUAGCUUAACAAGACAGACCAACAGACCAACUUUAGAGUGCCCAGACAUAUUUUUGGUAAAACUUAACUUUGUACAUAUAAAAAACGAUUUAUGAAAGUCUUCUCUAAUGUUCAUCUUCUAUGUUCUAAACUGAGAAAGACACCAAUGAUUUUGUAGUGCAAGCGAUUAUAAAAUAAACUACCACAUUUUUGUGUGUCAAUAGCUAGGUUGUUUUCAUCCAACAGAUUUUCAUGUGAAUUAAUAUUAAAGAAUAAAAAAAUCCGCAUAAUAACAAUAUGCGCAUUUUCGCACUAAACAUGUGUUUCCAUCAAAUUGAUUUGUUGCACGAUAAAAAAAAAAUACAUUGUACCGAAUAAAAAAAUACAAGUUACAUGGGUUUCCAUCGCAUUUUCAACUCUACAGAUGGUUUACUCACACAAAACAGCGCUUUGUUUAGCAAGUGUGCCUACUCUGGUAUUGGCACGUGCGCUCUAGCCAUAUAGUAGAUUCUGUACAGUACUAUAUCUGAGCGCUGUUGACUAGAGCGCACGUAUAGCCUACAUGAUGAGAUUAUUAUGGAUAAAAGAGCGAGAUUAUAAUUGUUUUGUCAAAUGGCAGCCAAACAUCGAUCAUAUGUCACCAGAAUAAGACCCUCAAUAUGUAUUGGAAAAAAGCAAUAAACUCAUCACAGUACACUUUCACCAUUCUGUGAAGUUCAUCAUAAUUUAUUUCAUCUGCAGUUUAAUAAACUGCAUGCUUCCCGGAGUCGUAGUGGAAGGAACACACACGUUUACUUAGAUAUGAUGGUUAUUGCAGUAUAUCAACAUUUGCGCAUAAAGGCGUUUCCACCGCAAUUUCUCGCAUAAUAAAUUGUACAAAACGAUCCCAUUUUGUCUAGAGUAUUUUGAAAGGUUUACCGACAAAUUUUUGUUUUCAUCAUCUGUCACGACAUUUUUUAUCCAACAUGUACUUUAGUAGCUUAAAAAGGUUGGAUGUAAACCUGGUUACUGACAGCAAUGGAGCUGGCAUGAAUAAGAACAUACCUGGGACCAAGCUAGGUUUAGGAGCCUGGCAGACCGGUAUGUAUCUUUAUAAGAGCUGCUUGCCAUAGUUUCUCCCUGACUAUAGCCUUAGGGUGUUUCACUCUUGGUCCCUUUCAGAUCAUUUUUUUGUUGCUUCGCUUAUUUUCUUGUGCAGUGUGAAUACGCCAAAGAAACGCAGACCGCUCAAAAGAGUCCCGGAAGCGAACCGAACUGUGCCGGUUUCAAGAAGUGGUCUGAGUUCGGUUCACUGCAGUUCCAUUUUUCAGGGAAAUGUUUUAUGUAUUUUACCAUGCUUUAACUAGGCAAGUCAGUUAAGAACAAAUUCUUAUUUACAAUGACAGCCUACUAGGGAACAAGGGUUAACUGCCUUGUUCAAGGGUAGAACAGCAGAUGUUUAACUUGUCGGCUCGGGGAUUCGAUCUUGCAACCUUUACAAGUCCAACCACUAGGCUACCUGCCGCCCCGUUAGUAACACAAAACUCCCCCGGUUUGCUUGUCAUUAUUCCGCACCACCUUUUCAUUGGUGCCACAAUAGAGGGAAGAUGAUGAUGUGCAGGUUUGCAGAAAAUAAUGUGUGCUAUUUUUGUAUAUUGAUUAGUGAUUGUCACUGAUGCACAGUAAUUCCAAAAUAUGUGUGGAGUUUUCAGUUCAGAUUAUUUGUUUGCUAUAUGUGCUCUAUAAGAGAGCUUCAUAAGAUGUUUACUCGAUUGUGGAGUUUGAAUAGUGUUAAAGGCCACAACAUACUGUAUUUGAUGAGAAUCACAACAUAGGGUACAACAUAAAUUCUAGCUCUUAAAUGGGCUGUAGCCUACAUUGGGUGUACAAUGAUCAAUUACAGCAUUAUUUAAUCUGCAGUUAUUCUUCUGUUGUUUAUGCUGUUACCAAUAAUAUUCACAUGUUAAUAAUAUCUUCUGAUUGCAAUUAUUACAUCAUCUUUUAAUUAAAUGCAAUAGAUUAGCUUCCAAAAUGUUUGUUUUUUAAAUGAUUUUAAGUAAGCUACCUGUACUGUAUCUCUAGCUGUACGAUAACAUGUUCUGAUGGAAUGGCUUGACCUGUCCUUUGUAAAAACCCAGAGUGCAUUGAGUGAAUGUUGGGAAAAAAAUGUUGGUUCCUUUCUAAACAUUGCAAUGUGAAUGCAAAGAAGACUCGGACCACAAAAUGGGUGAAGUGAACUGGCAAAAGAGUCCUCAUUCAAAGGCAAUGUGAAUACAAAAAUAACUGAGUUCACAUUAAGAGGACUGAGAUUGGUUAUUUUAAAGAGGACUAUAUGUGGAACACUUUUACUCUACCCAAACUCGGUCAUGGGUUUGGGAAAUCCUGCUCUACAGUAUGAACAGGUGAUACAACAGAAUAAUGUGGCUUUCCAAGGGAAUGGAUAUUAGCAUAUUUUCUGUUCCAUUUAGAAUGUUGCAUUGGAAGAAUGGUUUGUCAGAUGCAGCGUUUCAAAGAUCAAUACAUGUAAUCAGAAAGCCGUUAUUAGCUGUUCUUUUCCAGGAUCAGUCACUGUGCAGCACUGGGAAACUCGACUGUACUGUCAGCCUGUCAAUCAAUCAAUCACAGGUAAUGUGUAUGUGUUUGUAAGCGAUUUGGAGGCCAGUCUGAGGCCCCGCCCAUGUCUAUUUAACACAAUCAUGUCUACUGAACAAAGGGCUGUUAGAAGCAGAAUGAAAAGGCUAACUGAAAGAUUUGAAAAAGAAAGAUUUGAAAAGUCCUUCACUAGUAAAGGUAUGUGUUCAAGUUAGGGAUGCACAGAUGUGGAAAUUCUGGGCCAAUACUUACAGUGCAUUUGGAAAGUGUUCAAACCUCUUGAAUUUUUCCACAUUUUGUUACG